GUCUCCGUAUUGACGUCGCCUGGCCAACCCGGAUGUUACGGCCGAUGACAGCUUGCGCUCCGCUUUGCGUUGUGUUUGCGCUCUGAAUCGCUUUAAUUCGAGUGCAGACGAGCGUUCCGCGAGGCGACGUGGUCGCUUUGACUCGAGCGGACAAAUAAUCAACGCUCAUUGUUUUUGGCAGGCGUUUUGCCAGUGGGUGGGGAGGGACGUGGCCCGAGGCCGGCGCGUCAGGAUGAGUGGGGCGGCGCUGGCCGUGGAGAUGGUGGUGGUGUUCUUCCUGGCACUCUUCCUGCUACAUCGCUACGGAGACUUCCGGAAGCAGCAGCGCAUGGUCCUGUUCGGGACGCUGCUGGCCUGGUACCUGUGCUUCCUCAUCGUUUUCAUCCUGCCGCUGGACGUCACCACGACGAUCUACAAGCAGUGCCAGACGGACCGUCGGGAUCACGCCGCCGGCACGCCGCCGGCUAAUCAGACGUCAGGCAACACGUCCGUGGCGCCCGCUCAGAGUGCGCAAGCGGCGUGCUACGAGCCGUGGAGCUACAUCCCCGACGGCGUGAUGCCUGUCUUCUGGCGGGUGGUCUACUGGACGUCGCAGUGCCUCACCUGGUUGCUGCUGCCGUUCAUGCAGUCGUACGCUCGCUCGGGCGGGUUCUCCAUGGCCGGGAAGGUCCAGACGGCCCUCAUCGAGAACGCCAUCUACUACGGAAGCUACCUGCUCAUCUUCGGCUCGCUGCUCAUCUACGUGGCCGUCCACCCCGAGUGGCGCCUGUCCUGGUACGAGCUGCAGACCAUCGGCAUCACGGCGGCCAACACCUGGGGUUUGUUCCUGCUGGUUCUGCUGCUGGGCUAUGGCCUGGUGGAGAUCCCGCGCUCCUACUGGAACUCCUCCAGACACGGACAUAUGCUCCUCAAGACCUACUUCAAGGCCUCCAAGCUUAUGACGGAGAAGGCGGACGCCGAGGAGAACCUGGAGGACGUCAUGGAGGAGGUGAGAAAGGUGAGCGAGGCCGUCAAGUACAACCAUCCUCUGAGGACGAGCGUCGACACCAUCCUCCGGAAGUGCCCGACGGACUACCAGGACAGGUUGGGCCGCAACAUGGACGACUACGAGGACUUUGAGGACAAGCAGACCUUCCCCAGCGAGAGGAGUCUGGUCAAGCUCCACAAACGGGUGAUCUACGCCGUUCAGCGACACCAUCGCACCCGUGUGCAGUGGCACAUGCUGCUGCAGGAAGCCUUCCAUCUGGAGGACGUGGCCAAGAAUGAAAGCAGCUCCUCGCGACGCUUCGUCCGCAGCUUCGCCCCCGCCCGGCCCCCGGGCUGGUUCAGCAGAUACGUAUACACGCCCAGCGCAGAGUGGUACUGGGAGUGUCUGCUGAAGCGCGUCUUCUACCGUGUCCUGGCCGUGCUGCUGGGCCUGCUCAGCGCCGCCGUGGUCUGGUCCGAGUGCACCUUCUUCAGCACCAAACCCGUCCUGUCGCUCUUUGCCGUCUUCAUCCGGCUGGCCGAGCGCGACUACAACUACGUGUACAUCCAGGUGGCGUGCUUCAUCACCAUCUUCUUCCUGUGCACGUGCGUGUACUCCACCGUGUUCCGGAUCCGCGUGUUCAACUUCUACUACCUGGCGCCGCAUCACCAGACGGACGCGUACAGCCUGCAAUUCAGCGGCAUGCUCUUCUGCCGGCUGACGCCGCCGCUGUGCCUCAACUUCUUGGGUCUCAUCCACAUGGACGCCGCCAUCUCCCACCAGCACAGAGAGCAGACGGCCUACACCUCGAUCAUGGGCUCCAUGCGCGUGCUUUCCUUCGUGGCCGACGGCUUCUACAUCUACUACCCCAUGCUCAUCGUCAUCUUGUGCAUCGCCACCUACUUCAGCCUGGGCACCCGCCUGCUCAACCUGCUCGGCUUCCAGCAGUUCAUGGGCGACAGCGAGCUGACGUCGGACCUGGUGGACGAGGGCAAGGAGCUGAUUCGCCGAGAGAAGCGAAAGCGCCAGAGGACGGAAGAUGGCGAGGCCAGACGACGUGAGUGGAAGGAGCGCUACAGCCACGCCAGGGAGGAAUUGAGCGCCAGGGGCAGGAACGGCCACGAAAUGAAGGAGAGCGGCUACUCGGACGAUGCCGACAGCGGACGUACGUUGGUUCGCUUGCGCAGGCCACUUGGCGUUGACGCAGCCUUGCCCCUCUGUUUAGCGGGCAAGUUAUGCCGUUCCGCCGGUCGAGCGGAGCGCGAUCGCAUGGAGCUUCUGCAGGACCAGGAACCUCUGGACUACAACGCUGACUCCUCGGUGGACGACGCGGACGACCGCGGCGCGGGGAGAGCCACGGGUGGCCGGUACCUGUCCAUGUCGUCGUCUCGCAGUCGUAUUUUCGACGACGUCUGAGCCCCGAGACAGCGCCGGGCGGCAGAGCCACGACUCGACUCGGACCUCCGUGGGCCGGGACCGCUGAGGGCGUUGUCCGCAUUGCCCUCCACGUCUUGGACACGCACGCGCCAACAGAUUAGAAGUUUCGAUGUGAGGGCGCGUCCCCUUCUCCUUUAUCCAUGUGCCACACAAGCUGUAGUUUGAGCUCAUAUUUCUAGCUAACGUUUGCCGGUGUCAUUUGUCCUUUGUGCUGUCGAACUUCAAUAAAGCUGGUCAAUCGACGCUCGGCCAGCUGGCGGGCUGGCGACCAACGGCCGACGCCUC